UGUUGACAAAGCCUGGAAAGAACUCAGUAACAUCCUCUCGGGAAUAUUCUGUGCUUCUCUCAACUUCAUUGACUCGACCAACACAGUCACUCCAACAGCAUCCUUCAAACCCCUGGGUUUAGCCAACGGGACAGAUCACCAUCUCCUGCGAUACGCCGUCCUGCCCCGGGAGGUUGUCUGCACAGAGAACCUCACGCCUUGGAAGAAGCUGCUCCCAUGUGGCUCAAAGGCUGGGCUUGCUGUGCUGCUGAAGGCCGAGCGCUUGUUCCACAGCAGCUACCACUCGCAGGCAGUGCACAUCCGCCCUGUCUGCAGGGAUGCCUCCUGCCUGGCUGUGUCCUGGGAGCUCAGGCAGACCCUCACUGUGGUCUUUGACACCUUUGCCAGCGGCCAAGGAAAGAAAGACUGGUCCCUCUUUAAGAUGUUCUCUCGCACACUUACUGACGCGUGUCCUCUGGCAUCGCAGAGCAAGGUCUAUGUUGACAUCUCCCCUAAGAACAAGGAAAAGGAGUUACUGGAAGUGACCCCCCCUCCGACAUCUGUACACGAAGCUAUUGUCCAGGGAGACAAGAGGACCUAUGCAGUCUAUGACCUGCUGAGCCCCUUGCUCUUCAAUACAUCUCGCAGCCUCAAUGUGCAGCUGAAGUGGCAGCGGCCCCAAGAGAGCUCGGAACUGCCCACACCUGUACUCCAUGCUCAGCGCUACGUGAGUGGAUACGGGCUGCAGACCGGAGAGAUCAGCACCCUCAUCUACAACACCCACCCGUACCGGGCCUUCCCCGUGCUCCUGCUGGAGACUGUGCCAUGGUAUCUGCGGCUCUAUGUGCACACGCUGACUAUCAUCACGAAGGGGAAGGAAAACAAGCCAAGUUACAUCCACUACCAGCCAGCCCAGGACCGGAGACGGCCUCACCUCUUGGAAAUGCUGAUCCAGCUGCCAGCCAACUCCAUCACCAAGAUCACAAUCCAGUUUGAGAGAGCCUUACUGAAGUGGACAGAGUACACGCCUGACCCCAACCAUGGCUUUUAUGUCGGUUCAUCUGUGCUUAGCGCCCUGGUACCCAGCAUCAUUGCCAUGAAGGACGUGGAUGUGGAGCAGAGCCCUCUCUUCACCUCGCUGUUUCCUUCCUCCGACGGCUCCAGCUAUUUUGUGCGCCUGUACACAGAGCCGCUGCUGGUGAACUUGCCGACGCCAGACUUCAGCAUGCCCUACAAUGUCAUCUGCCUGACCUGCACCGUGGUGGCUGUGUGCUAUGGCUCCUUCUACAACCUGCUGACCAGAACGUUUCACGUGGAGGAGCCGAGCCGCGGCGGGCUGGCCAAGCGGCUGG